UAAUGGGAAUCCAUCAAUCAUGCAGAAAUUCAUAAACAAAUCAUUUGUGAAAGGAAAGAUAUUUUCUUUUUUGCAAACUUAGGUUAUUCUCUCCCUUUCUAGCUCUCCCUCUGUCAGGUUUUCAUUAAUAUUCUUCAGUUAUCGUUGUGGCUUCCUUUAUUUUCAAGCCACUGUCCUCAAAGCACAGAUUCUCUAAGCUUAGAAACGGAUGAAUGUGAUGUGCUGAUAAAGGGUUUACUCCUUUGGUCUGUCUCUAGUUCCUUCCUUUUCAUGGAUGCCCAUCUCUAUCUAGGUGGUUUUGGCCGUGGUCUAUAUAGCUUUUGUGCUCACUAAUACAUUUGCAAUGCAUAUUCACACGUUUUAUUCCAACUCCACCAUACCCUUCUGUGUAUAAAUACACCACCAUUCCCCAUUUUCUUUCAUUGCAGAUCCUCUUCUCAUAUAGUCGUUGCAAUAGCUGAGGGUGCUUUCAAAACAGUUUGCAAGCUGCAAAAUGAGCUACGGAUAUUCUCAUAUGGGCUCUGGUAGCAGAACUGGUCGAAGGACUUUUGAGUUUGGGAAAACCCAUGUGGUAAGGCCCAAAGGAAAGCACCAAGCCACUAUUGUUUGGUUACAUGGUCUUGGUGACAAUGGUUCCAGCUCCGCUCAGCUUUUGGAAUCUCUUGCUCUUCCAAAUAUCAAAUGGAUUUGUCCUACUGCUCCUAUCCGUCCUGUAGCUGCACUUGGCGGUUUUCGUUGCACUGCAUGGUUUGAUGAGGGAGAGCUUUCAGAAGAUGGUCCUGAUGAUUGGGAGGGUUUAGAUGCUUCAGCAGCUCACAUCGCUAACUUACUGUCUACAGAGCCAGCUGAUGUGAAAGUUGGUGUUGGAGGCUUUAGCAUGGGUGCAGCAACAGCACUAUAUUCUGCAACUUGUUUUGCCAUGGGAAGGUAUGGAAAUGGCAUUCCAUACUCUGUCAACUUAAGAGCAGUUGUUGGAUUAAGCGGCUGGCUUCCGGGAUCAAGGAGUUUAAGAAACAAGAUAGAAGUGUCACAUGAAGCAAGAAGGCGAGCAGCUUCAUUACCCCUUUUGCUGUGCCAUGGACUAAGUGAUGAUGUUGUUCCCUACAAAUACGGGGAGAAAUCAGCACAGUCCUUAAGUUCCGCAGGAUUUCGAUAUAUGACAUUCAAAUCCUAUGAUGGCAUUGGUCAUUAUACAGUUCCUAGAGAGCUGGAUGAAGUCUGCAAUUGGCUUAGCUCAAGGCUGGGGCUUGAGGGGUAAACAUAAAUGGCGUGCUUCGGUGUAGGUAGAUCAUUAUCAUUGAAGGGUUGGGUAUAUCCAUAUAUAUAUAUAUAUAUAUAUAUUAUGGAUACAUAUGGUGUAGGAGAAUUUAUUUCAGGGUCUUUUCUUUUUUUGGUCAUGUUCCUGUUGAAUGAUGCUCUGAAUGUGUUUUCAUGUUCCUCUGUUGUGUUAUAUUAUUAAGAUCCUAGAGGCUAACAGUUGUACUAUUAGAUAUAUUUAGCUUUAAAUCGAUGGCUUCUUUAUCUCUAAAGGUACUGUGAUUCAUAGUCAUAAAGAAAUAUGGCAGAUGUCAUUAAGAGU